AUGCAGACCAAGACCCUGAUCCUCGCGGCCCUCGCGGCCGUUGCCCACGCCCGCUUCGGCCAGGAGGGCCUCGUGCAGGCGGCUGUCCAGGCCCUGUCCGACUUUGGCGCCCCGGGCGCGGCCGGCACGCUUGCCGGCCAGACGCCCGGCGUGCUCCUUGCCGGAGCCAACGCGUGCGCAAAGCUCUCGCUGGCAGACGACAUCGUGACGCAGCUAGGCGACGACGCGGCGGUCCUGGCCGCAGCCGCACAGCUCGUGGCGGCCGAGAAGAACUUCAACCCGUCGGCGCAGUCGAUCCCGACGCUGUGCAGCGACGCGUCGCUGCCGGCGACCGAGGCGCUGCGCGGCAUCGUGCCGCUUGUCGACCCUGCCGUCGUCGGAUCCGACGUGCAGAACACCAACUCGGCCGCCUCGCUCAAGGCCGCCUUCGCCGCCAACGGCGACAGCGUCGCCGACGUGUCCACCGCCCAGGGCUUCAGCAACUUCACUGCCCAGGCUAAUGCUUAGGUACCUAGUUGGUUCUAGCCACGCGGCUAGUUAACUCAAAGGGGUUAAGCCGGUGGCUGGCUGCUGUGUGUGUGACAAGACUAUUAGUAGUAUUGGGCACACGGGAGCGAGUGACGCGCGGCUGGGCUGGGAUACUGUGGGCAAGAUUGUCUCGGGUCGGGCCUGUGCAAGGGGGAGCUGUGUUGUGUUAUGCUGGGUCGGGUGAUGUGUUGUGUGGGUUGGGUGAUGUGAUUGUAAACUGUAAAGGGAGUGGGGCUGAGCUGGGCAGAGAUGAAGCCGGAUCGAUGACG